UUGAAUGAAUGCAGUCAUCGCUCAUCACUUUCAGGAAUCAUUCGAACUGCGGUUCCACUCGAUCGCGAAGUCGAAAAUCGUUAUUGGUUAACAAUACAAGCUGAAGAUUCGGCAUCAGUACCACUCUACUCGAUCGUGCAUGUCUUCGUUCGUGUACUGGAUAAGAAUGAUCAUCUACCGUUACCAUCAAAGCCAAUUUAUUUCGCGGAAGUUCUUGAAAAUUCACCUGAGGACACAGUUGCUGUCAAGGUUGAAGCCAUGGAUAAGGACGAUCUUCCAUCAACUUCUGGAGAGGACAGCAAGUUACAGUUCAGGAUAGCGAGUGGCGAUCCACAGAGUUUCUUCAGUAUUGAUCCUAAAACAGGAUAUAUGACAACUCGAGGUCGACGACGACUGGACCGUGAAACUCAGCGAGAGCAUCAAGUGCAGAUCGAGAUUUGUGAUCAGGGCACUCCUCCGCUGUGUGCUACUGUUCCGGUCAUCGUAACGGUUCGUGAUGUGAACGACAAUCCGCCAGUAUUUCGACAACAAAUCUACAACUUUAAUAUACCUGCUCAGAAGACUGGGAACUUGUGUCGUAGUCACUUUUGCGAUGCGGCAUAG